ACGGAGGAGGUGCCACCGCCGCUUCCGCGCGGAGCGGCCCUGGCCGCGCCAUGGAGCUCCUGCAGCCGGCCGCCCUCCUCCUCCUCCUCCUCCCCUUACUGCUCGUCCCGCUGGCGCUCGUGGCCAGGAGGCGCAGCGGCCGGCGGACACCUCCGCUCAGUCUCCUGGUGGUGGCUGGCUCCGGUGGGCACACAACAGAAAUCCUGAGGUUACUCAGCUGUUUGUCAGAGUCCUACUCUCCCAGACAUUAUGUUUUUGCAGACUCAGAUAAGAUGAGUGAAGCUAAAAUACGUUCUUUUGAACAAAAAAGGGCUGAAACAUUCCCCAAAUCCCAGUUCACCCUUCAUCGCAUUCCCAGAAGCCGCGAGGUUAGACAGUCUUGGAUCUCCUCUGUGGUAACAACCCUAUACUCCAUACUCUACUCUCUUCCUUUGACCAACAAACUGAAACCAGAUUUGAUAUUAUGCAAUGGACCAGGAACAUGUGUUCCUGUCUGUAUAUCUGCUCUUCUUCUUGGCCUUCUAGGAAUAAAGAGAUCAAUCAUUGUAUAUGUAGAGAGCAUCUGCCGUGUGGAGACUUUAUCCCUGUCUGGAAAGAUUCUUUACUACUUUUCAGAUUAUUUCAUCGUUCAGUGGCCUGAUCUAAAGGAAAAAUAUCCCAAGUCAGUAUAUCUUGGUCGAAUCGUGUAACAACAGAAGACAAGCUUUACCUAAAAUAAACUCUGCAAGCUCCUCACUGAAGAAUUGUAUUCAUGUAGCAAUUUAUUUUCAAGAAUUCCUGUUAAGAAAUGAGGCUGGUACUGGAAAAUGAGGCAAUAAUAAAGAUAUAUCUACAUUUAGGUAAAAUUUUUGUGUAGUUGUGUUUAUUGCUGUCAUUUAGGUCUGUUUACCAAUACUCCAUAAUGGCUUUUAAGUCAAUGCUGUCUCUGUUUUCAUCUAGUUUUCCUGCUAUGUGAAUGGUAAUUUUUGUCUACAAAUAAAUAUGGGAAUUUGUAUGAAUGUAACAUUUCCUUUAAGGAAACUUUGUGUUUUCUAAAUUGUAAGCAACAAAGUCUUUUUCUAGCACAACAGACUUUAUUUCCUGUAUGCUAGCAGUGAAGUCCCUUGUGAAUCCUUAAAGUAUAAAGGAAACAGUUAUAUUAAGUUGGCUUCAUGACAGUUUGUACUCUACAGUCUUCCAAAACCCCCAAAGCAUUAAACUACUAUCAUUUUUCCUCUGGUCUUGUCAAAGCUGCCCUUAUAAUCUGUUGUGCACCU